UCUUAGUGCGCAGCGAUGUCGAAGUGUCAUUUGUCAAGGCUGUAUCCCAAGCCCUCUUCUGGGUUAUUAACAGCGAGGAAAAUUAUUUCCUGAACUAAUAAUUGGCCUUCCUUUAAAAUGUUAACCUUCUGUACCAACUUGUGAUUUUUUUCCCUUUUUUUUCCACAAAAUGUGCGGAUCCGCCCCUGCCUGCAUAUCCUGCCAGUCUUUGUCUAAAUUCCACAGCUACGCGAUUUGCCUGAUAUUUCCCUUGAUUAACGGACGUGGAAACACAGAACUGAAACCUUAGCAAGACUGGACAUUCGCUCGAGCACUCUACAUCAAACUAGAAUAAGAAUCCAGCUUCCCACGGAAAGACCUCUGACAUGAAUGCCAAAUCGUGGCUUUGCUGCUUGAUUCUCAGCUCUGUCAGCUUCCUCAUGGUCUACACACACAUGAUUAUAGAAGAAAGGACUGUCAGAAAUGAUUCCUCUUCAGACAGCCUUCAGGAGAGGACAUACUCUGAAGCACCCCCCAUCCUAAUUGUAGAGUUACCAAAAACAGUAAAGAACAAAAAGUCUGAUAAACCAAAAAAGAACAAGCUGUCGGCCCGAAACAAGCGUCCGCCGCCCCCCGCCAACUGCGUGCCUCUGUGGGGAAGCUGCAAGACGCCGAACGCCGUGUGCUGCGAGCACUGCGCCUUUUGCCAGUGUCGCCUCUUCAAGACGGUGUGCUACUGUCGCAUGGGCAACCCGCGCUGCUGAGCGCGCGGCUCCCGGACCCCCCAACACGCACGCACACACACACACACACACACACACACCUCUCACUGCGCACGUAUACACAGUAUGUGAGUAUGUACAGUAUGUUCCCUGACCGGACACGGCCGCGCGCAUGGCUGUUUCAUCUUAUCCACAAUCCACCAUAUCCUGAUUCAGCUGACAACAGAGAAUUUUGGGCGUCACCUGAACUUAUGUGUUAGUCUAUAGUAAUUACUGCACAUUAUAUUAAGCACAUACUUCCACGUCUUUAACCACAACAACAUGCAGUUUUGAAAACAGA